CCCGAGCGGACCCGAGCGGGCCCGAGCGCUCCCGAAGCCGCCCCCGCCGCCGCCGAGGCUCCUCCUCACGGACAGGCAGGGCGCCACGAAGAUGGCCGCCCCCGCCGCGCUGCCGCGGUCCCGGGACGCACCGAGAGGCCGCCCGCGCGCCCGCGCCCGGGACCAACCGAGAGUUGCCGACGCCAGCCGAGCCCGUCCGAGGGCGACGGCCGCGCGCCCGAAGAUGGCCGAGCGGCCGCCGAAGCGCCCCAUUGGCUGCGGGGCCGCGGGGCCGCGCCCGCCGCCACUGGGGGCGGAGCCAGCGCGCCUCCGAGGGCGCCGGGGGAGGGCGCACGGGCUGCCGGGAUCGGGGCGGACCGAGGGGGGCGGGGGCCAAGAUGGCGGCCGGGCGCAGAGGAAGAUCGUCCAUCCUCCUCUCCUCCGUGCCGCUGCAGAUGCAGUUUCGCUUAAGUGGAAUCUAUUAUCCUGUCUAUUUCUUGGUCUCAUUGCUGGUGACCUUUUACAAAACGCGCCUCUUCACUUACCCGCCCGCGUACUGGGCCGCCGAUGUGCUCCUGCUGUGCAGCAUGGGCGGCCUGGAGGCCCUGCGGCUCUACCUGGGCACGAAGGGCAACCUGACGGAGGAGGAGACCCUGCUUGGCGCUAGCCUCCUGCUGACCGUGGCCAACGCCUUCCUGUCUCUGUACUUCCUGCUGUGGGCCACCUUUGUGCUGCGGAUCGACAUCCUCCUCAAUGGGGCCCUGCUGGCCCUCUACGGCCUGGAGGGCCUCCUGCAGGCCGUGACGAUUGCCGCCUUUGUCAGCUAGCCUCCACCCCCCCCAGCUCCCAUUCUACCCAUGAGGAAGGUCUGCUGGGGGCCAGGAUCUCCCCCUCGGGGCCAUGAUCUCACCCUCGGGGCCCGGGAUCUCACCCUCAGGGCCUGGGAUCUCACUCUUGGGGGGCCGGCUCUUUGGAACACUGCGGAGGAACGGACCACUUGGCGGCCCCCAGACAUCGACCGUGAGGCAACUCUUGGGGUCCGGCCUGGAAUCGGGGAGCCCCAAGCCCAGAUCCAGCCUCUGACACUCCUGGAUGAGUCACGGCUGCUGCCUGCCUCAGUUUUAUCCUCUGUAAAAUGGGAUCAGAACAGCCCCCCUGCCAGCUGGGGUGAGGAGCCAAGGAGAUUUGUAGCACGCCUGGCACCCAGUAGGCAUCUGCUGGGCCCUGGUGGGGAGAGGCCGCACGGCCAGGCUCCUGGGCCCGGGGCAGGUGCCGGGUGAGGGCCCUUGUGGCCAGCGGCAGAGUCUGGAGGAGGAGCCCGGGCAGGCUCCCUCCCCUUCUCCACCUCCGGCCCCUCACAUCCAAGGGGGCUUCAUACUUUGUUUCCAAAUAAAAUCUCUGCCCCGG